GGGUCGGAUGGAAAAGCUGAGUGGCCCGUGCAGGGCGCCACAGCUGGAUGUUCCCGCCGCGAAGCUCGGGGUCCCGCGCGCCUCUGUCCCCGCCCCGCUUCGCUCCGCGGGGCAUUCUGGGAGGCGCUUUCGCGAGCCUCGGGCCGCCGGGCGUGUUUCCAGAGCCCGCGGCGCGGGGAGGACUUUGUUCUCCGAAAGAGAGAAUUGAAGAAGAAAAGAGGGAUGGCUGUAGGACCUUGUAAAGCCAUGUCCCAGAGUUUGGUGACCUUCAGGGAUGUGGCUCUAGAUUUUUCCCAACAGGAGUGGGAAUGGCUGGACUCAUCUCAGAAAGAUUUAUACAGAGAAGUCAUGUUGGAAAACUACAGGAACUUGGACUCUCCAUUUCUAAGCCCAACAUUAUCUCCUUAUUGGAGCAAGGGAAGGAACCUUGGAUGGUGGAGCGAGAGAUGUCAGAUGAUCAGUAUGCAGGGACUGGUGGACUGUGCCCGUUCUCCACAAGCAGCUGCGAUCUCAGCCUCCCCAGACUGGAAGUCUUGGUAUGAAAUCAAGGAAUUACCUCCAAAAUGGUACAUUAAUGAAGAGGAAAUAUCACAGGGGAUGGUAAUGGAAAGACUUGCAAGUUAUGAACUUGAAUGUUCCAGUUUCAGAGAAGCCUGGAACUACGAGGGUGAAUUUGAGCAGCGUCAAGGAAAUCAAGAGAGGCAUUUCAGGCAAGUGACAACUCUUAAGGAAAUCUCUGCUCUGAAAAGAGACAGUGAAUGUAAUAAUUCUAAGAGAAGCAUUCUCUUGAAGUCAGUACUUUUAACACAACAGAGAGUCCCCACAGUAGAGCAAGUUCAUAAAAUUGAUAUUUAUGAUAAAAUGUUCCCCCCGAACUCAGUCCUAAUUGAACGUAAAAGACUAUAUGCCGAGGAAGAAUCCUUGAUAGGUAAUAAAUGUGAAGAAUUCAGUCAGAAUACAUACCUUAGUAAAGAUACAGGAAUUCCUUCUGGGGAGCAACCUUAUGAAAGUAAUGAUUUUUCAAAUCUCUUAAGUUUCCACUCUUUACUUACUCAACAUCAAACAACUCAUUUUGGAAAAUUACCCCAUGGGUAUGAUGAAUGUGGUGAUGCCUUUAGCUACUACUCAUUCUUUGCCCAACCUCAGAGAAUUCACAAUGAAGAGAAACCAUGUGCAUGCAAUGACUGUGGAAAAGCCUUUAGCCAUGACUUCUUUCUCAGUGAACAUCAGAGAACUCAUAUCGGAGAAAAACCAUAUGAAUGUAAGGAAUGUAACAAAACUUUCAGACAGAGCGCACACCUUGCUCAACAUCAGAGAAUUCACACCGGAGAGAAACCCUUUGCAUGCAAUGAAUGUGGGAAGGCCUUUAGCCGUUAUGCCUUCCUUGUUGAACAUCAGAGAAUUCACACAGGAGAGAAACCAUAUGAAUGUAAGGAGUGUAACAAAGCCUUCAGACAGAGCGCACACCUUAAUCAACAUCAGAGAAUUCACACUGGAGAGAAACCCUAUGAAUGUAGUCAGUGUGGAAAGGCCUUCAGCAGACGCAUAGCCCUUACUCUGCAUCAAAGAAUCCAUACAGGAGAGAAACCCUUUAAAUGUAAUGAAUGUGGGAAGACAUUUGGCUAUCGCUCUCAUCUUAAUCAACAUCAGAGAAUUCAUACCGGUGAAAAGCCCUAUGAGUGCAUCAAAUGUGGGAAGUUUUUUAGGACUGACUCACAACUUAAUCGACAUCAUAGAAUUCAUACUGGAGAGAGACCUUUUGAAUGUAGUAAAUGUGGGAAAGCCUUCAGUGAUGCUUUAGUUCUAAUUCAUCAUAAGAGAAGUCAUACAGGAGAGAAACCCUAUGAAUGUAACAACUGUGGGAAGGCCUUCAGUUGUGGCUCAUAUCUUAAUCAACAUCAGAGAAUUCAUACUGGAGAGAAACCCUAUGAAUGUAAUGAAUGUGGGAAGGCUUUCCAUCAGAUCUUGUCCCUUAGGCUACACCAGAGAAUUCAUGUUGGAGAAAAACUCUAUAACUGUAACGAAUGUGGGAAUAAUUUCAGCAGUGCCUCAGCCCUUAGACGACAUAAGAAAAUUCAUAACAGGGAAACUCUGAUUAUGAGAAAGAAAACAUUUAUCACCACUCAGUCCUUACUAAAUAAAUAUCAGUGAAUUCUUUGGUUAGUAAUUCUAUGAAUGUAAUACAUAUGGAAAAGCAUUCUAUUCAUGAACAUCCCUUAUUUGGAAUAGUCUGCAUAGUAGACAUCUGUUACUUUUGGAUCUGUUUUAUGCCCUGAGACUAACUUCACCUUCAAUGCAUAUCAUUCUGAUGAAACUGUUAAUUGGGGAGAGCAGUGGGUUGGUCAGAGGCUGGCCAGUUAUUUCCCUCAACCUAGUGGUUAAUAAGGGACUGGCAAAUGACCAUAUCUGGACCGAUGGAGCCCUGAGUGGAGGGGCCGGGGAAGGGUAGUGGUAUUGUUCUGGGCAGUAAGAGAUCUUUCUCCCACUGGAAUUGCAUGUUUUGAGGAUUUAGUAAGGUUAAAACUCACCCAUAGCCUUUUUGCCACCAUGAGGAAAGCCUUCCCAAGAUAAAUACAACACAGAGGAAAUGGAUAUGAGACAGAAAUCUGAUGAUAUUGAUCUUCUGGAUCCAGGUAUGCCUGAAGUCUACACCAUCCUUUGCUUUUUAAUUUUUGUGAUCCAAUAAACUUCCUUUUUUUUACCUAA